AUGGCAGCUCAUAUUUAUGAUCCAGUAUUGAUAAGGGUUAAUCGAAUUACACGAGGCAAAAAGAAUAUUUGUAUUAUAAUAUAUCUAAAGGAAUUUAAAGAUGAAAAAGAAUUACAUUUGUUAAUUGAAUAUUUAUUUCAGCGACAAUAUCGUCGCGUCUUAGUGGUGACCAUAACUAGACAUUUGUAUAGCAUGAAACCUUAUCCAUUGGUACACGUUAUUAAUGUUACCGGCAAACCAGAACGAGAAUAUUUCGUUCCUCAGAUAACAUGGAAUUUGGAGGGUUAUAAAAUCAGGGUACCCGUACAAAUUGAUGUACCUAAUAUGUUUUGGUAUUACGAUGAUACCGUUAAACGUAUACGAAUGGAUGGUAUUGGUGGCAUUGUAUUUGAGGCCUUUAUGAAGACAAUGAAUGUCACUUUAGAAACGUAUCCCUUGUAUGUGAAUGAUUCUAACUACUUGAAUAUAGCUUGUAUUCAGGAAAUGCUGAUGAAUGACAGUAUUGAAAUAAGUCCACAUUUAUAUACGACUUUGCAUCGUAAGCCCAUAGAUUAUAGUUAUUCGUAUAUAACUACCAGCCGUUGUAUGAUGUUGCCUGUAAUGCAGCAAUUACAAGUAUCACAUGUAUUACCCUACCACAGAACAAUUUGGGUUUUUAUUUUACUAAUCAUAGUGGUUAGCGAAGCUGUGUGUCAACUAGUUCUACGAUGUCAACCGGAAUUUUUAAAAAAUACAAAAUAUCACAGAUAUUUUCAACCCGGUACAGUUGGGCUCUAUCUGGUGUGUCUACUUAGCAAUAUACCUUUGCCUGAUACAAAAAUGUUUAAUAUACGCCGCGAUAGCUUCAGACAAUACAUGCGAACAUUAUAUUGUUAUGCCCUCAUUGGUUUCACUGGGUUUUGUUUUUCUCAAAUGUAUUCUUCAUCUUUAACUUCUGGCCUUACAGUUUCUAUAUCGAUUAAACCAAAAACUUCAGUAGAGCAAAUUCUUAAUAUGAAACAGCCGAUCAUGGCUACUGAUCAAGCUCGCAAGUUAUUUCUCUAUGAUCAAAGAUUUGGUCAUCGUGCUCUACGUAAAAUUGUUUUUACAACUCCCGAAGAAUUUCACAUUAAUCGCAUGCAUAUGAACACUUCAUAUGUUUAUCCCACCAGCGAGGAUCGUUGGAACGUCUUAAAAGAACAGCAGCAAUUUUUAUCAAAUAAACUUUUUUGGCUUUCAGACGUUUGUGUGGGUAAUUUUCCACUUCAAUUUCAAAUGCGUUUGGAUUCACCUUUUAAACCGUAUUUAAGAAAAUUCAUAUUGUAUGUUAGAGAAACUGGUCUACAUUCCCAUUGGAAAUCGAAUAUUUUUCGUCGUGCUAAACGAUUUGGUUAUAUGAGCUACUUUAAAGAGCGUAAAAGUUUGGAAGGCUAUGAUACUCGUAAAGUUGUUAAACUCACUUUAGGUUCAUUAACAUUUUAUCUAUACUCUUGUGGCAUGCUUUUUAGCUGUGUGAUAUUUGUGCUGGAGUGGAUUAAUGGCAAAUUGAGGAAGGCCUGA